AUGGACGGAUUUGAAUUUGGUUUGCUGGGUGGUAUUUUUUCCACAAAUCAACAUGUUAAUGAAGAACCGGAUUCUACCCAGAAAUCCGAUGGUAAAUAUGAAUUCACAACAGAAUACGUGCCUCCGGAUGUUUCCGAAAUACCACAGCCAGUUUUUCAAAAACAACAAAAACCAAGUAAUGUCGAGAGUCUUGUGCCAGUUGUGGUUGGAAAGGUUUUGUCAAACAUUGUGGAUCCGAACCAGAAACUUAAAGUGUUUGGGACUCCCGUUUUCGGAAUGUGUGUUGUGGGCCAAGUAAAAAAUUUGGAAAAGUUUCCUUCAGUUUUCCAAUUUGAUUUAGACGACUCCACAGGUGUGAUAAGGGUACAUUUUUCCAACGUUUCCCUCGAGCUGGAUGACUUUGAUUACGUCCAGAUUGUCGGAUCAUUGGUUCUUCUCAGCAUGGACAAUUUUUAUAUAGACUCCCAGCACCUGAUCAACUAUGGUAAGUACUCUAAGGCUGUAGAAGAUAGGAUAAGGUACCACAACGUUCUCGUUGCCUACGCAGCCUACAAUUUGGAUCUGGGAGAAAAACUAAAGUUACAAAACAAACACGUUGGUAAAAUGUCGGACCUUCCUGGCCCAUCAAACGGCCAGGACUUUAAAGAUGCCAAGUUAGGGCCUGAGUACGACCACAUAACGAACGAGCUUGAGAUUCUCGUUAUAAAGUAUUUGAAAUCCACACCUGAGGGGAUCUCUAAGAAAACGCCCCUUUUCGAGGCUCUCAUGAACACUCACCAGGGUAUUUUUGUAUUCUCAUCUAUUUUUAUGAAUUUUUUUAAUUUUUAA